CAAACAGAGGAUCCGUAUUCGAAACGUUUGCAGAGUCUCCCGCCUCCAUGAAAAGAGCAAAACAGACUUUAAACUCGUACUAACAAAACAAGAUCCAUUUCACUUUGAGCCCGAGGAAAUCAAGUUUUAAACAUCACUAGCUAAUGGACAUCAUCUCUGGGUGGGUUACCUUAGUUUUUCUCUUCAUUUUCUCCUGCUUCUGCAUGAAGCUGUCACACUGCGGAGACACUCUUAAACAAGGCGAAUCGAUCCGAGACCGGCCAAGGUAUGGCCAAUGGGUUGGAGAGGCACAGCAACUAGUUUCGGCGAACGGGAUCUUCGAACUGGGUUUCUUCACUCCCGGCAAUUCCAACAAACGCUACGUUGGGAUAUGGUACAAGAAAGACCCAAAACAAAUAGUAGUAUGGGUUGCCAACAGAGAAACACCGCUAUCCUGGGAUUAUUCUGGAUCCUUAACUAUCAACCCCAAUGGGAAUUUGAUGAUUCUCGGGGGUGUCAACGAUCCCAAUAUUCGGACCAGAGGAAUCUCCAUAUCAUUGUCCUCGGUGCUGGCAGAAAGCAAUACAAGCCUAAGGCUCUGGGAUUGUGGAAACCUUGUAUUAACUGAAGGAAUUGGAGAAGGUGACGAACCCCGCGUCUUGUGGCAGAGCUUCGAUCAUCCUUCCAAUACUUACCUACCCGGCAUGAAACUGGGGCUGAGUGUCAUCGGAGGAAGCUCAACAAUGUUAACAUCGUGGAAAAGUAAAGAUGAUCCUAGUCAUGGCGAUUUCACACUGGGAUUGGAUUCAAGCCCGACUGGCUAGUUCUU